AUAUAUUCCUACCCUAGAUCAAUUAUAAGUUUAGCGUUCUCCUGCAUAAGCGUCGUUACGACUUCGGGACCGAACCACAGAUAUCACGCUAAGCCUCGGGAAAGGCCAACAGCAGCAGCUGAUACGGUAGAAGAGGAUCGAAAUGGCUGAGGCAGAGACCGAGGUUGAGUACAAGAACGAGAGCCAAUGCCUCGUGCUGGACACAGACAACUCCGGUAGCGGGGUUAAGCCGGUGACAUUCAUACGCAAUGUACCCGACGUCCAUGCGAAAGCAGCUGAGCUGCUUGGAUUGCCAGAAGGCGAGCGCGUUCGCUGCUUUCACUUGCCAAUGUUUGAGAAGGCACUUGGCUGGAGCGUCCACAUGUACAUAGACCUCGAUGCCAUCGCGCACAAGAUGGACCACAACACGAACGCCACGCAGCUCUGGCUGAUCGCCAACCUGCCCAACGAGCCCCCCGAGGUGCAGCCCGACAGCAUCCACGGCCCCGUGCUGCUCACCGCCGAGAACUACAAGGACGAGGAGUACGUGCAGCUGGGGGCGCCCGAGUGGGCCCGGCUGAUGGAGGUGUGUCGCGACGUGCAGCCCAACGCGCAGUUCCUGCCCGCCGAGCCGGUUGCCACCCCGCCGCAGCAGGAGGAGCCGACGCCGGCGGAAGGGGAGGGGCAGUGAGGUGGAGACAAACAGGAGGGAGGCAAAGAGGAAGAGGGAGGAGGUGGUUGGUUGGUUGGUGGUUGGCGAAGGGGCAAUGGGUUGUAAGCGUUAGCAUCAGGUGUGUAAAGAAAACUGGGCGCGAGUCGGAAUGUGUGUCAGCAGGUGUGGCAGCAGGUGUGGGCUAGGAGGCUGGAGUUAACCGUUUGGUGACGGCUUUUGUGCGUGUGAUGUGCGCUGUGCUGUGCUGUGCUGUGCUGUGUGUCAAGACAGUCACCAUGGAAGGUUUUUGCUUGGUGCUUGCUGGGCUGGGCUGGGCCGCGUGACGGCCUGCUGCUGCUGCUCGUGCAUGAUAAUAACGUGUGUGACACCGUAACAACCGGUGGUGGUGCUUUUGAGAAAGAAGGACCACGAGAUAAGCGCGACGGGGAGGAGUGUCGUAAUAGAAUACACGCGCAUGUUGCACGUGUUGAUGUUUGGCGUGUCUUACCUCCACACAAGUGGUACACUCUUCUGCACGGAAUGCAUCGUGUCGUUAAAACUGGCCGCGAGGGCAACGUGUCACGUAUGCUGCUGUAAACCCGCACGUGAAGGAGGCGGCCAGGUGCUGUUGCCCUCUCUGCUUGCUGCUGCAGCUGUGUCCCCUUCGCUGACCCAUGGGUCUUUCGGCUCUCCAGGAGGGCCUUUCGGUUGUGAAGGUAGGAAGUGGCGCGCGGAUGCAUCCGGGUUCAAGGGUAAACUGAGCCGCGUGCAAGGGUGCUGACUACGGGUUCCUUUCUGGGUGAAGCAUACAUUAAACAACUAAGGAAGUAAUUUCUUGCGUGGCCGGCCUUCGAAGGCAUAUGAGCAGCAUGCGGGUGCGAAUGGCUGCAUGCAAAACGACGGUCCAUUAGCGUGACGGAUUGUGUGUAGCGUGUGUUGUGAGGGGUGUAGAAAGUGUGGUGCUGCAUCGGCCUUGUGGCUUACUGGCCUAUUGCACGAAGGCGGAAGAAAGAGCAAAGCCUUGUAGGGUUGUGUUGUGCCUGGCGUUGCAUGAUGAUAUGCAGGACUUGCAAGUGCCUGAGAUGAUGAUAAAGCAUACUCCUUAAUAUGGGUGCAAUAGAAUGAAAGGUAUCCACGC